AUGGCAUUGCCGUCGGAUUCGCAAAGCUUUGUGAUCGUCGGUGCUGGUGCCAUUGGCACCUUCGUCGGCUUGGUGUUGCACGAUGUUGGCUUCAAGGUGCGUUUCCUGCAGCGCGAAUCCUCGACUGCACAGGCUCAACGAGGUGUUCUCGAAAAAGUCGGUUUGGUGGGUCUCUGCUCAACCGAUCCUAGCUACCGCACAGAAAUAUCCGCUGACCGCGUUGGCGAGAUGUUCACCACUGAUCCCACCUGUCUGACCGCAUGUUCGUACAUCUUGGUCGCCACUAAACGAGGUGCAAAUGCAGCAGUCUUAAAGCAGCUCGUUGACAACGGUGUGAAGUGUCCAGUUUUUCUGUUGCAGAACGGGCUGUCCGCGUCGAAAGGGAUGCAAGCGAGUACGGAUUUUGAGGUGAUCGAAACCGUGGUGAGCUUCAAUGUCGUUUACGAUGGUUCUAAGGGGACUGCGACGCUGGCGCAGUCUAAGGCAGAAGCCAAGCUGCUUUUCGAUGGGAGCAGGACGGCAGGAAAGCAGCUGGCAAAAUUGUUGAUGGAGGUUGGCCGUCAGCCCACGUCUGACAGCCGCGGCGCCGAUCGAGCCAGUGACAGUUCUCUGGCCUUUCUCGGCAGAGGCUCGGGGCUGCCCUUCACGGCGGUCGCGGCGGCUCCUCUUCUCGGCUACCAGGCGGGCAAGCUCGUCCUCAACAUGACCAAUGCGGUGAACGCCCCGAGCGCAGCAGACCCAGGCCUGUCGACCAAGGUGGCUCGGGGCGCACCGCUGGCAGCCUCUGAGGCGGAGCGGAUGAGCGGGCCGCAGGUCGGCAUGGUGCUCCUUCGAGGAGGAGAGGGAGGCGGAGAAAGAGGAGCUGGUCGGCUGCACCGGGAGCUCGGGCCAUCAGGCCGGGGAUGCUCGGGUUGA